AUGUCAUAUCUUGACCAAAUCAUCAAAGGGACGUCCCCAGAGACCGAGCUCGAUACGAAUUCAUCAAGCGCUCCAUCGGAACGGCGUAGCUCCUUACGUUCACAAAGAUCAUUAUCCCCAACUCAUACCUCACCACCUCAGAUAUACCUUAAUCUUCUUAUCCUAGAGGCAUCAUUGCGCGCUCAGUGGCUUCAGCUUCGUACAAGAAGACGACAACAUACAUUUUUCUUGGCGUUGCUGGCCUUUUGGAUCGCAUACUUUGGAUACGCACUCUUUCUUGCACCCAGAGAAGACGGCAGCGGUGUUGGGGGCUCCAUAUAUUGGGUCAUAGAUGUCGGCGAGAAGAUCUGUUUGAUCGGUGGUAUAAUAACAGGAAUCCUAGUUUGGGGGACUGGACAAUGGGAAAGGGGAAUAAAAUGGCCUCGCCGCUGGGUAUACAACACCAAUCGAGGAUUAAGGGAAUUCAAUUGCAAGGUGGUGAUCAUUAAACAAUCAUGGUGGUCAGAAUUCACUUCUAUGAGAGAACGAAAGGACACAGAAAAAAGGAAAAAAUCAUUCUCUACAAAAAAAGCCCGAUUAUUCGGAUGUCAAUGA